CAAAUGGUAGCUCCUGCGCUGCGCCCGGCUGGGUGCCGCUGAAGCGGCUCCUGGACGCGGACUCCGCCGCCGGCCGCGCCGCGCCGCACCGCACCGGGGCUCGGCUGGCAGCCGCCGCCGCCUCCCGCCUCGGCCCGCGCAGCGCAGCGCGGCGCGCCCGGCCGCAGCCGCAGUGUUAUAGCUCACCACUGGAUCAAUAACUUGAGAAGAGCUCAUAGCAUCAAAAACUUCAUCGCAUAGACGGAUACCAUCUCUCAAGUCUCCAACCACUGUGAACUGAAACUACAAAACCAUAUGGAAUUUAUAUCACCUGGGUCAAAAGGCAUGCUUUUCUGAUAUUUAACAAGGAACCUUACUGCCAUUAUGACGAACCAGGAGAAGUGGGUUAACCUUAGUCCUGGAGAAUUCUCCCAGCUUCAGAAAUAUGCAGAAUAUUCCACCAAGAAAAUUAAGGAUGUCUUGGAAGAAUUCCAUGGCAGUGGAGUGCUAGCAAAAUAUAAUCCUGAAGGGAAACAAGAUAUACUUAACCAAACAAUUGAUUUAGAGGGAUUCAGGCUGUUCAUGAAGACUUUUCUGGAGGCAGAGCUACCUGAUGACUUCAUUGAACAUCUUUUUACAUCAUUCAGCAACAAAAUGCCUCACUGCAGCCCUUUAAUAAAAAACAAACCCCAGCUCCUUUCUGGAGUUAAGGCGUCUGAAGAGAGAUGGAAACAGAUGCCAGGUUUGAGACUUAACAAAGGUACUACUGCAUCCCGACCUCCUACUCCUGCUAACUUACAUUUACCAGAUGUGAUCCAGUUGAAAGACAUUGUUUGCUAUUUGUCUCUGCUAGAAAGAGGAAGACCUGAAGAUAAACUAGAAUUUAUGUUUCGCUUAUAUGAUACAGAUGGGAAUGGAUACCUGGAUAGUUCGGAGCUGGAAAAUAUCAUUGCUCAAAUGAUGCAUGUUGCAGAGUACCUUGAAUGGGAUGUUACUGAACUGAGUCCAAUCCUCCAUGAAAUGAUGGAAGAAAUUGACUAUGAUCACGAUGGCACUGUUUCUCUAGAAGAGUGGAUCCAAGGAGGAAUGACAACAAUCCCGCUCUUGGUGCUUCUUGGAUUAGAGAAUGUAUUUUGUGGUGUAUCACUCUCAUCUGUGUCAGAUGUCUUACAAAAGAAUGUGAAAGAUGAUGGGCAGCAUGUAUGGAGACUGAAACACUUUAACAAGCCUGCCUACUGUAAUCUUUGUUUGAACAUGCUAAUAGGAGUAGGCAAGCAAGGUCUCUGCUGUUCUUUUUGCAAGUAUACAGUCCAUGAACGCUGUGUCUCAAGAGCUCCUGCAUCUUGCAUCAAAACUUACGUGAAGUCUAAAAAGAAUACUGAUGUAAUGCACCAUUUCUGGGUAGAAGGAAAUUGUCCAACAAAAUGUGAUAAGUGUCACAAAACUAUAAAAUGUUACCAAGGCUUGACUGGACUUCACUGUGUAUGGUGUCAGAUCACAUUACAUAAUAAAUGUGCUUCACAUCUAAAACCUGAAUGUGACUGUGGACCUUUGAAGGAUCAUAUUUUACCGCCCACAUCAAUCUGCCCAAUAGUACUGGAAAGGCAGGCAACAGUGAAAAAAGAGAAGAGUUGCCCCCAGCAAAUGAACAAACUGGGAGAACGGAACAAAAUGCAAAGAGCAAAUUCAGUCACCGUAGAUGGACAAGGUCUUCAGAUCACUCCAGUUCCAGGCACUCAUCCACUUUUAGUUUUUGUCAAUCCUAAAAGUGGUGGGAAACAAGGUGAAAGAAUUUAUAGAAAAUUUCAGUACCUUUUAAAUCCUCGUCAAGUUUAUAGUCUUGCUGGAAAUGGACCAAUGCCAGGGUUAAAUUUUUUCCGAGAUGUUCCUGAAUUCAGAGUACUGGCAUGUGGUGGAGAUGGAACAGUGGGCUGGAUUUUGGAUUGCAUAGAGAAAGCAAACUUGCUUAAGCAUCCUCCAGUUGCUAUCCUGCCUCUUGGGACUGGCAAUGAUUUAGCGAGGUGUCUGAGAUGGGGAGGAGGUUAUGAAGGUGAGAAUUUGAUGAAGAUCUUAAAAGACAUUGAGAACAGCACAGAAAUUUUGCUGGACAGGUGGAAAUUUGAAGUAAUACCCAAUGAUAAAGAUGAGAAAGGAGACCCAGUGCCUUACAACAUCAUCAAUAACUACUUUUCAAUUGGCGUGGAUGCUUCAAUUGCCCACAGAUUCCAUAUCAUGAGAGAAAAACAUCCAGAGAAGUUCAACAGUAGAAUGAAGAACAAAUUUUGGUAUUUUGAAUUUGGCACUUCGGAAACUUUCUCAGCCACCUGUAAGAAGCUGCACGAAUCUGUAGAAAUAGAAUGUGAUGGAAUUCAGCUAGACUUAAUCAAUAUUUCUCUGGAAGGAAUUGCCAUUCUCAACAUCCCAAGCAUGCAUGGUGGGUCAAAUCUUUGGGGAGAGACGAAGAAAAGACGUAGCCAUCGCCGAACAGAAAAGAAGAGGUCAGAUAAAAGAACCACUGUCACAGACGCCAAGGAAUUGAAGUUUGUAUGCCAAGAUCUCAGUGACCAACUUAUGGAAGUCGUUGGUCUGGAAGGAGCUAUGGAGAUGGGUCAGAUAUAUACAGGCCUGAAAAGUGCUGGAAGACGGCUUGCCCAGUGCUCAUCUGUUGUCAUCAGGACCAGCAAGUCUCUACCUAUGCAGAUAGAUGGGGAACCUUGGAUGCAGACACCUUGCACAAUAAAAAUAACCCACAAGAACCAAGCACCCAUGUUGAUGGGACCGCCUCCAAAAACUGGUCUUUUCUCUUCUAUCAUCAAAAGAACAAGGAACCACAGCAAGGAAUAAGCCUAUGUAGUUUAGUUUUUAGAAAACCAGUCAGCUGUAUUGGGCUUUGGAAUAUUUAUGCUGGAAAUCUUUCAAGAAUUUUAGAAUAUCUUCCACUUGCAAAAUCAUGGAUUUUGGUUUAACAGUUUCUGUGACUGAGCUAAUGUAAAACUAUGCUAUUAGAAAAAAUUAUUGUCACAGUUUUGUAGGCAUUUUGCAUGAAGAAAGCAGAUGUUUACAUAAAGUGGCACGGCAUAUUUUUUGUUGCAUGCGUUACCAUUUACUAAUUUAUGGGAUAAUUCUGCCAUGGAAUAUGGGAAGAGAAUGCCAUGGGUAGUUUGAUUUUCUCUCCAUAAUUCCAUUUAUAAUUUUUUCUAUUACAAUGAUCAUACGCCAUAGUUUCAAUAAUCUCUCUUGAAUCAAACGUAUUCAGAUCAGUAACUGAUUGGACCUAUUUCAGAGUAAAGUUUAUUUCAGGUCUCAUUAAUCUGUACUUUUAGGUUAGCAUUUUUUUCUACCCUGAGAAUAUUUUUCCUCAGCUAAGUAUUAAAAUCUGAUAUCUUAUUCUGAUAACUCUUAUGUAUAUGAGUAACUGUACCUGCAGAAAACAGCUAACUGAACUCCUGUGUGUGCAGUAUUCAAGUGACCAUGAUUAUUCGAGUGCAAAUAUUUUCAAGUUUGGAAGUUGGAGCAAAAGCUAUAGGGCUAAAGAGAUCAUGCGAAGAGUGAAGGUAAUAAUACUUGUAAAACUCAUCAUCGGUAUUGUUUGCUGAAACACUAAAAUUAUUGUAACAAGCAAUAAAUCUCUGUAACAUGGAAAACUUUAAAUCAUUCUGCAUAUUGACCGAUAGUACAGUGUGUAUGCACACAAAUAACCAAAGCUUAUGCCUAAUAACGUGCAUUUCCCACCACAGAUUUAGUGAAGGAUGCUUCAGAGAAAUGGGUUAAUGCAUAAUUAAUCAAGCUCACUGGAGUAGACUCACUUCUGAAAAUUUACAGUUCUUUUGAUUACCUUGGCAAUGUCCAGACAAAUGCUGGGGUAGGAAAAACACUAAAUUAAUUGCAAAUAAUACUCACUUUUUAUUUGUUUCAUAAGUUGAUAGGCAUAGACACAUACCUCAAAAUUAAAAUUAUAUCUAAUUUUGUUGUCAUUAUUCUUUACAAAUUUAUGCUAUCCAUAAUUUACUCAUCCUCUAAAUUAGUCUCUCAAGGAAAGGAUAAAUUGUUACCUAUUCCUCUUUUGUAGUCUGCUGUCUGGGAUCAAAAUAUUUUUUGUCAUAAAGAUUUGGGGAGGCAGUUGUUUAGGUUUUACUUUCUUAGCCCUCUGAGAGACUUCCUAGCAACUUAGAAAUCAUACUACAGGGAUUUGUCUGAGGUUUACACAGCACUGUCUAAUGUUGAAAGGAAGUCCAAGAAUGGCAACUUUUUUCAGUGUUGCAUAUAAACAUACAGUAUCAAUCAAAACUUUUUGUGCAGUCUUAACACAGCUCUUUGGUCAGAAUGACCUACCUGUCAUCUCUGCAUGUCUUAAGUUCUCAGAGAUUUCAUCAAAAAACACAAAAAGGAAAAGAUAAAACUUUGCUUGAAAUGCAUGAUUUAUCCGUUUCCUCCCACUUUUAUCUAGACUUUAAAGUGUUAAUGAUUUAUUAAAUCUAUUUUUCUAUUGAUUCAUUCAUCCAUAAAAAAAUAGUAUUUCAUCAUUCUGUAGUGCACGAUACUGUGCAUGUAUUUAAAUAAAGUUGCUAUCAUUUGUUCCUCAGUAUUCAGUAUUCAGCAAAGUCCUAACUUAUAUAAUAGACACUGAAAUAAAAGUCAGUAUAUAGUCAGUAAGGAUUAUGUCUUUGAAAUAUACAGUCAGUGUUCUCUAAACAUUAGGAGGUAAAUACCAAUUAAUGUUACAUUCAGCAUUAGGUAGAAAAAUACAAUGGCAAUUAUUUGCUAAAAUUAAGAUCUUGUAAUUCCCCAUUCUUGAGUCCAGUGGUGUUGACAAUUACAGUUACCAUAGGAGUGAAACUAUUACUUUUCCUGUAUAACACACACACACAUAUACUCAGAGAAAAGCAUUUGAUGGAGUUCUUAACUGCAAAUAUGCAUUAGUAUAGAGCAAAAGAUAUUUGCAUAAAGAAGGAACUUGCUGACAUAAUGUUACAUAAAGUGUACAUUGAUUUUAUGAAAUUAUGGUUAAAGGUGAUAAAUAUUUUCACAUAACUUGACAUAGGAUUUUCUACCAAUGCUCUCAACUUUUUGUGGCAAAAAUGUGUUUAAUGAUAAUAUAUAAUGUGCUCUCUAUGAUUAUCUCAUAAACAUUGUAUCUCUGAAAACAAAUAAAAUGAUACAUAACCUA